AUGCCGAUGUCUCCGAGAUUUUAAUUCGUUAAUUAAGCUCCGUUCCUACUUCCUGCUCUAAAUCAUUCGCUGCUUCCGCUGCUAGAUGCGUUCAGAUCUCUGCUCCGACAUCUUAAAUUUAAAUUCUUCUGUGUUUAACUACUUAGGUUUGGAUUAUGCUCCAUCAGUAUAAUGUUUAACAAAAGAUGGGAUUAUGGCCGGGAGAGUAGAUCUUAAAUCUAGGUAGAUCUUAAAUCUAGCAGGUUUGCUAAUUGCUAUCCCUACUUGAAUUGUAAACAGACUGAAACAAAACUUUUAUCCGUGGGCAUCUUCUGAUGGUGUUUAUGAAUUGUUCAGGUGUAAUUAAUUAAGAAAAUCACACAUCUCACUUAUAAAGAGCAAAAAUUUGAAUUUACUUGAGAAAUGUAUCCGUCUAAACAAAUAUUGGGGGCCGCAAUUUUUCUGAGAAUCAAUUAAUAAAGGAUUGAAUUUAUAAUUUAAAUUAAAAUCGGGCCAGAUUUCAACUGAAUGUAAGCCCAGCCCAUGGGCUCAUUUCUAACCCCGCCGCCUCGCCGCAUCCACAUCACCGUGCCGGAGUCAUGCGCCGCGGCGGAGGAGCACGGGCGAGAUCGCCGGCGGGCGGCGAGGCGCCGAUGCCGUUGAUGAGAGGCCCAUCGUCUCCCGCGCGUACGCCGCACCGGCGCAUCCGCUUCUGGCGGCGGUGGGGGUUGGCGCGGCGAUCUUGCCCGGCCCCGGCCAGGGCACCGCCGCGGGUGAGCCGCAUGGCCUGCUUCUCCGGGACGGCGUACGUGGGCACCAGCUUCCGUGCAUCGACGUUGUUGGUGAAGACGAGGUGGCGGCGCUCACAGCCUGACACACAGGUAGCAAUCUCUAGGGGUCUUAACGGAAUUGGGCUUGCUCUGGUGGUACCAUCAAUCCAGUCAUUGGUUGCUGAUUCCACUGAUGGUGCCACGCGUGGAUCGGCUUUCGGAUGGUUGCAACUUGCCAGCAGCCUAGGCUUCAUCUCAGGGGGUUUCGUUGGUUUGCUGCUGGCACAAACCACGGUCUUCGGUAUUGCAGGAUGGCGCAUCGCUUUCCAUCUUGUGGCAAUCAUUAGUGUCUUUGUAGGGAUUCUGAACUGGUUCUUCGCUGUUGAUCCUCACUUUCCGGCAGGCAAUGUUGGCUCGUGCGAUAGACCAGUCUGUAAGCAAUCUGUUUGGCAAGUCAUUGAGGAAAUGAUCAAGGAGGCCAAGUUUGUGGUUCAGAUUCCGACAUUCCAAAUAUUUGUGGCUGAAGGAGUGAGUGGUUCAUUCCCAUGGUCAGCACUUUCUUUUGCGUCCAUGUGGCUUGAGCUUAUCGGAUUCAGCCACAAAGACACCGCUUUUCUAAUGACGACAUUCUGGGUUGCAAGUUCAUUUGGUGGUCUUCUCGGUGGUAAGAUGGGUGAUUUCCUUGCUCUGCGAUAUCCGAAUUCUGGGAGGAUUGUUUUGUCGCAGAUCAGUGCUGGUUCAGCUGUGCCACUAGCUGCGGUGCUACUACUGGGUCUUCCUGAUGAUCCAUCUAAGGGUAUCGCCUAUGGCAUUGUGCUGUUCAUCAUGGGUUUAUUCAUCUCUUGGAAUGGUCCUGCUACAAACCUGCCUAUUUGUGCAGAGAUCGUACCUGAGAAGUCAAGAACAAGUAUCUAUGCUCUUGACAUGUGUUUUAAGUCCGUACUGUCAUCUUUCGCUCCCCCUAUUGUUGGCAUUUUAGCUCAGCGAGUGUUUGGAUACAGGGCAGAUGACAAAGGAAAGAGUAUUCAGUUAGACAGGGAGAAUGCUGCAUCUUUAGCCAAGGCAUUGUACACAUCUAUUGCAAUACCAUUUACAAUUUGCACCUCCAUAUACUCGUUCCUGUACUGCAGUUAUCCCCGGGAUAGAGAGCGUGCACGUAUGCAAUCUCUGAUAGAAUCUGAAUUGCAGCAGAUGGAGCAGGAAAGUUUUUGUUUGGAAGAUGGGGAUUGUCGUUUUCAGGUUUUUGACUCAGCUAAUGGUGAAUUAGAACUGACCUAUGAUGUGAAGGAUUUACCUGAUACUGAAAAGGAUACUGCAAAACUACUGGCGAACAGGGAAUCCUAAUAGCAAAGGAGAACUUUAAGCUUGUCAAUUUAUUAGGCAAAUGUUAUGAAUUCUACAAUGCCUAUUUUUUAUAAAACUAGUCUUCUUAUUUAGCCAUUUAGAAAUUGUAGAUUGGGGACCUAUCUGUUGGUCAGUUAGUGUUAGAUUGAAUCUAGUUGUUUUUUUUUUGUCCAUUUGUUGUUGAGAAGAUCUGAUAUACUCCCUCCGUAUUUUAAUGUAUGACGCCGUUGACUUUUCAACCAACGUUUGACCAUUCGUUAUAUUCAAAAUUUUUGUGCAAAUAUGAAAAUAUUUAUAUCAUGCUUAAAGAACAUUUGAUGACGAAUCAAGUCACAAUAAAAUAAAUGAUAAUUACAUAAUUUUUUUGAAUAAAACGAAUGGUCAAGCAUUAGACAAUAAGUCAACGGUGCCAUACAUUAAAAUAUGGAGGUAGUACAACACGAUGAAUCUGAUAUUUUCAAACAUGUACUAAUGUUACAAAUUUUACACCAAAGCUGGAGCUGUAGAAUGUUAAGCAAAGCAAUUGCUUUAUUAUAUUUUAGUACUUGUAACAAUUUUUCAAUGGUAAAGUAGAACCAGCGGUUUUUCCCGCGUAAAUUUACGUGGAGCUAGUAUUAAAAUAAAGUGGAUUUGAUAUACAAUUAUUAGUUUUUAUCCACAUAUGCAUUUUGUAGACAAGGUGUUCUCCCAUCCUAUGAAUGUAUUAUGUAAUGUAAUGUAACUAUACAAAGUUAAAAGAAUUGAAUGUCCAGUACAUCCACGGUAAGAUCACAAGCGAGCCGAUUAUAUUAGCUGCUGAUGGAUGCGUAUAAUAAGGAUGUAAGUGGCUAACCCGCAAAAUCAAUUUAUAGAUCAAAAUAAGCUGCAAACCCAUUUA